GCGCCCCUGCACCGCGGCCCCGGCGGGCCGGACUGGGGGCGCGCUCCCGCCGACCCGCCCGGCGACAUGGCCGAGGUGGGCAUCGACCAGUCCAAGCUGCCCGGCGUCAAGGAAGUGUGCCGAGAUUUUGCUGUCCUGGAGGAUCAUACGUUGGCCCACAGCCUGCAGGAGCAAGAAAUUGAGCACCACUUAGCCACCAACGUCCAGCGCAACCGCCUGGUCCAGCAUGACUUGCAGAUGGCCAAGCAGUUGCAAGAGGAAGAAAACCGCAAGGCACGUGCUUGCCUCCAGGAGCAGCACAAGGACAUAGAGCGGCAAGACUGCGAGAUCGCGCAAGAAAUCCAAGUCAAGCUGGUCAUCGAAGCCGAACAGCGACGGCAGCAGGAAGAGGACGACGAGGACAUCGCGCGGAUUCUGCAACAGAAGGAACUCCGAGAGGAGAAGAGGAGGAAGAAACCGCCGCCAGUCCCCUUGCAACAGAGCGCUUCAGAAGAAGGCUGCUACCCGGAGAGUAGAGACCGCUUGUGCAGGAGUCCCCGGGAGCCGGGGCCUGACCUUCCCAAACCUGGGAGCACGGAUGGGCAGCCCCAGCAAACAAGGGAGCCCUGGAGGGGCCCCCCGCUGGUCUCAGAGGGUCUUGACUUGGAGGUUUGGGGGAGUUCCUCAGAAACGAGGAAGACCAAGGAGGGCCGGAGGAAGGACAGAGAGAAAUGGCAGGAGAGGAGGCCGGGCAGACACGAAAGACCGCCUCGGAAGGGUCCUGCGGACGCGAAGGAGGAGGAGGAGGAGGACAAAAUCGAACCCACCGACAGAGGCUGCAGCUGCCCGACCAGCAGCCAGGAAAGUGCUCAGGGGCCGUUUCCGCUGGCCGUGGAUGCAGAAGCCCCUCGGGCCGGCAGAGGUAGCAGGGACCGGAAGAGGCCCCAGAGCCGCGAGAGGCCCCAGAGGAUGCCCCCUCCUCUUAUGGACCAGGAAGAGGAACGGACACACGCUCAUCACAGCAACGGGCCCCGUGGGCGCGGGGAAAGGGGGCCGAGCCCCACUGCCAGCGGGAGAGAGAGGCGAGCAGAACGGCCAUACGGCAAAAGCGGUUCCCCAAAUCCGGACCGCCACCGGCUCCCGUCCCACGAGGAUCACCGUUCCCCAAGGCCCCGUUCCCGUUAUGCCGAGCACGACUCGGAAGCUGCCCGCUGGCGCCACCUCGCGAGGGAGGAUGGAGAAAGAGAGCCCGAGGGGGCAUGGGCCUCCCCCACCUCCCGCCACAGGGAGGGCUGGGACGGGGAGGCAAGCCGCCCCCGGAAUCCAGGGAUGAAAUCUCGGGGGGCAAAAGAAGACGCCUACGCCAGACCCCGGCCAGCAGCCGCCCGGGACCCCGAGUGCUACGACGCCGAGAUUGCCUGGAAGUUGCAGGAGGAGGAACUCCUGGCCAGCCAGGUGGACAAGAGGGCCGCACAAGUUGCUCAGGAUGAGGAAAUAGCUCGCCUUCUGAUGGCGGAGGAGAAGAAAGCUUACAAGAAAGCAAGGGAGCGAGAGAAGAAGAGGCAGGAUCAAGACUGGAGGGACCCGCCCGAGUCUGUGUGCUCACGGUCAAGGGAAGGAUACGAACCUCACCGCGGCAGGAGCGAGAAACCCACACGAGCUGCUCCACCUCUAACCAACAAGGACCUGGAUCAUCCUUCUAGUCUUAGAGAUCAGCAUAACUUGGCACAUCAGAUAUCCAAAUCAGAGUCAGGUCAUAAAGGUUACCACUAUAAGCAGUAGGAGGAAAAAAAAAACCUAGACUUUUUCCCAUAGAUACUGACUUUCCUGUGUAGCAGGCUUUAUUGCAUUUCUUCCUAAAGAUGUUCUGAGCUCCCUUCGUUCUCGGAGGAGAUCAUCCUGGGGUCACUCCCUUUCCGAGCACCAGAAUGUCCACACACAGUGCCUCCUCCUUCAGCCUGUAGGGCGAUGUUCUCAUUGUCUCCGAUCUCUCUCUCAGGCCGGGCAGUUAAAUCUAGCAUGCAGGCAAGUCCCUCUCCACCUGCACCCCAAGAACCUCUUUCUAGUUUCCAGACACAGUUUUGUGUUCAGAGUUUUCUGUCGGUCAAGGACAAGAGUAGGACGUGGCCAGAUGGAGACAAAGCGGAAGCCCAGGGAAAGGUGGAAUCAGACGGCCAAGAAGGUGGUGCUUUUCCUGUCCUGAACCUUCCAUGGGAAUGCUCUGGUGAAUUGAUUGGAGAGAUUUGUGGGUAGCUAGGAUCAGGCCAGUAGAGGGGCUUGUGGCCAGAAUGUGUCAGUGUUUCCCUGGAAAGGGCUGAUCUGGAAGUUCUGGAGAUGUUUCCCGAAGCAUGUCUUCCACCUGGAAUUCUGAGCAUUACUUCUUAUUCUGAGAAGACGACUUCCAGAAGUGGGAGAGGCAUGUCCUAUCCUGGGAAAUAAAAAUGGGAUCGUUCCAGGAAACACUGGGGCAUUCCAGGAUGGGCUCGGCUGUUUUGUACGUCUUAAGUUACCCCUUUCUUGUUUUCUAAACAUUUCCUGAAGGAAAUUCUAACAACGGGAGAUGACUUCUCUGAGUUUUUAUUUCCAUUGACUCAGAAAUACAUGUAUUAGGAAAAUCAUUUGGGAUAAAUAGCGAUCACUCAGGGCUGCCUUUUUUAAGCUUAUUUUUUAACAGCAAGAGAAUGGGCACAGAAUUUAGACUCCACUGCGAAAUGCUGCAAAUGAGCGAAAGGCCCACAACUAAUUUUUAUACGUCUCUCACACUUUAAUCCCCACAAUACAUUUAAUCUGGCUACUGAGUUUUUAUUGUUUAUUGAGCAAUAAAAGCAAUUUAUUGAGCCACAACACAAUAAAAGCAAGAUUAAAGCUAACCCAGUUUAGCAGCUGCAGAUCUUUUCAUUGACCUGGUUAAGAGUGGUGUGUGAAUGUAGGCCGUUUAUGAGCAUCGCCGUAUCUGCGUUUCUCAACCUCGGCACCUUUAAGAUGGGUGGACUUCAACUCCCAGAAUUCCCCAGCCAGUGCUGGCUGGGGAAUUCUGGGAGUUGAAGUCCACCCAUCUUAAAGGUGCCGAGGUUGAGAAACACUGGCCUAGAUGCAUUUAGAAUAAAAGCUAAGCUAGAGUGGGCAUCUUUUUAGUAUUCUUAAAAUAUCACAGCUAUAUGAAGCUUUAAAGAAAAGUUAUUUAACUUCAGCAUCAUCGAGGAAGGGUGCUCAUAAGUUUGAUGUGGCCUUUCAGAACUUCACAUGCGUUCGUAGAAUAAUGCAGCGAGGAAGCAGUUGUUAGAAGUUACGAUUGGAGUCUACCAGAAUACCAUGCGCAGAUUGAAAGUGCCUUCAACCAUCUUUCUCCCCCAGGAGCCCACCAGCUCUGCUGGAUUUGGACCCGCCCCCUGUUGUGUUGUGUUGGGGGGGGCAGGUGCCGGGCAGGUGCCAGGCAGGGAAGAUGGCUUUAAAUUCAACUGUCUGGUGCAUUUACUCCUACGCUCUCUGCUCCGUUGCUGGGAAAACUGAAACCUCCAGACCAAAUUGUCAAACAGCCCCUGCCUUGCCUAGAUUUCACUGCCCUCCCUCUGCCCUUGAAAGGUGAUGUUUUUUCCCGCGUUCCUUAACUUGGCGUCUGUCUUGCGACGCAAUCCUGAAGAUGCCCGAUGUCUUUCUCGUCUUCGUUGGUUUGAUGCUUCUGUCGGAUCCACUGGUUUCUUUUUGAAUAUGGUUUUAUUUCUGUGUGAUCUUACACGAUCCUCCAA